AUGGCACUUCUCUGCACCAUAUGGGAGCGAAUGAUCAGAACGGUUCGAAAGAAUAUGCGUGCUCUUGUCGGUGAUCGACUGGUUGACGACGAAACUCUCCUAACUGUGAUGUGUGAAGUCGAGAAAAUGAUCAACGAUCGCCCUCUUACACGACAAUGUGACGACCCUCGUGAUUUGGCAGCUCUGACACCCAACACCUUACUCCUAAGUUAUCGAAAUCGAAGUAGUUCGGCAAACACCUCAGCGUCGACUCAUAACCUUCGAGAGAAAUGGAAGUUAGCGCACAAAUUAGCUGACGAAUUCUGGGCAAGAUGGUUGAAAGAGUACCUGCCAAGCUUACAGGAGAGGCAGAAAUGGCUGUUUCCCAAAGGAGAUGUUGUCUUGAUGGUGAAGGAGGAUUGUCCACGAGGUGAAUGGCCUCUAGCAGUAGUUGAAGAAUCGUAUCCAGAUAAGAAUGGACAUGUUAGACAAGUGUUGAUUCGUGCAGCCAAUCAGACUCAAUAUCGACGUGAUGUUAGGAAAUUGUGUCUCCUGGAGAAAUCCGACUCGGAGUAA